GAGUCCCCAAAUACUUCCCAAUCAAGCUCAUUAGAAACAAGUAGUGGUUCCUCUUCAACAACUACCUCUUCUGAAGAAGAAUCUAGUAGCUCUUCGAGUGCAAUGUCGGCAUCAACAUCAUCCUUAAGUGUUCUUUCAAUCAUUUCUUCGGGUAUUGUUUCAAGUGUAUCAUCCCAAUUUUCAACAAGUUUAAGUUCAGGAACUGUAUCAAGUAGUGCCAUAUCAAGUAUUUCUGAAUCUUUUGAAUCGUACAAUUCUCAGAGUAUGUCACUGUCAAGUUUAUCCUUAUCUACUGAACUGAUAUCAACAGAAACGUCUUCUCUAUAUUCGACAUAUUCUUACUCCUCCGCCACCACUAGUAAUACUGAAUCAUCUUCAAUGGAAACAACAACCUCCUUGAGUAUACUAUCAAGUUCCUCGUCUUUCAGCAGUUCGUUUCCUAUAUAUUCUGUUUCUAUGUCACCAAGUUUAACUCAAGCAUUUCAUCUGACAUCAAUAGAGGAAUCUAGUGUAUUCUCCUAUAUUAAUUCAUCCACCAGUACAAUAUCAUUCUCAAUAUCUAGUUCUAUAAUAACAAGUUCAUCAUUGUAUGACUCAUUGUCAAUCAUUGGUUCUUUAAGCACAACGGCUGGUAUCGAAUCGAGCUCAUCGUCAGCUUCUCAGUUAGAGACAUCUUCGUCAUCCUCCGAAUUAUCGCCUUCUGAAUCGUCAAAUAUUCCUGUGUCUACUGAAAGUUCAACGCCUGGCUCGUUUUCCCCUAUCACAUAUUCACUGACUUCAUUGACUAUUACUGAAUCAAGUGGGUCUUCUUUCCUCGCAUCUUCAAGUCACUCACUAAGUGUUUCGUUAACGGCUCUAUCGUCUUUUAGUACUUCAUUGUUGCUUUUUUCAACAUCAGUGUCGUCAUAUAGUACCUCAACUACUUCAAUUAUAACUACAGCUUCUGUUGAAUCAUCAAGUUCUAUAUAUUUCAGUUCAUCUUUAGAGUCCUCUAUAUUCACUUCAAUCUCAUCCUCCGAGUCUGCUCCAAUAUUAAUCUCAGGAUCUACAAUAACUUCAUCUAUCACAUCUUUAAAUUCUUUUUCAUUAACAUCUGGAUCAAGUACUAGUAUUGUAUCUUCACCAACCUCAGAAGAAAGUGCAAAUUCAUCUACACAAUCAAACACAAGUCCGGUAUCUAGUAUUGUAACUAGUACCACUGCUAUAUCAUCUGGUAGUACCACUGCAGGAAGUGGUCCAACUACUAUAUAUGGAGUAUUCAGUUCUUCUCUACCACCAUUAACAUUCGUGAAUCUCGACUCAUACUACACUAUGCCAAUCCCAAUGGCUCCAGCUUUUGAUGUCAUAUUCUCAUUCAAAUUUCCAGAUAAUACUCAACCUGGUAAUAUAGCACAUAUAGGACUCCCAAAUGUGUUUGAUUUAUUUCAAGGUGAAGGUGGUAUCGGUAAGAGAGCUGAUGGAUCGUUAUCUUUGACUGUUGAUGAUAUUGAUUACGCUGAUUGUAUCGUCACUAUGGCUGGUUCUACAAAUGAUGAGACCACAAUAGAUUGUACUAUCACUGAAAAUAUUCUUACCAAUCCUGACGUCAGUGGGUCGCUUAUUUUACCAUUGGUGUUUAAUAUUGGAGGAUCGUCAUCUCCUACCGAUAUCCAAGCUGCAAAUGCUUUUGUGGUAGGUACUCAGUCUAUAGCGUUCGAUGACGGUCUUAACGAUAUUCUCUCGUCGGUUACAUUUGCUGCUGGUAGUCCAUCUCCAGGUGAUCCAAGUGUCCUUGUCUAUGCUUCUAGACCUCAACCUUGGAAUAACUUAGAAUCAUUCUAUGUAUUAGGUGGAAAUUGUACUUCUUUAUUUGGAUCAGGUCAAAUAACCAUAUCAGUGACUGAUGGUUCGAUUGAUUGCUCGUCGUGGUCUGCGGCCAUUACUAACAGUCUCAAUGCAUGGUACUUCCCAACCACAUAUGAAACAUUAAGUAGUGUGAGUAUUGCUUCUUGUGGCCCUUCAUCUCUCGUUCUAUCAUAUUAUGGUGUUCCAACUGGGUACAGAUUAUUCGUCAGUGUUGAUGCUGAGACAGAUGGUUCCAUCCAAGCUACGUUUAAUGAUGACCAUUCAUGUGUAGCAUUAUCAUCUGGUUCUUCGGUCAUUGUGGGCUCAACUAUUAGCGUGAGUCCAACUCUAAGCGUGAGUCCAACAGUUAUCAUUAGUACAUAUACCACUUCAUCGGUAUUUAGUUCUACAGAGAUCGUCACAACUGUUAUUAAUGGAGUUAGUGAAACGUUGACUACAAUUGUACCAUUCACUUCUUUGGAAACUAUAACUACUAGUUUCACUGUGUUUAUUCCAACUACUGCUGAAACAACAGGUGCUGAAACUGUUACUGUCACUGUCACUACUACUGAAAUUCUUAUUGUAACGACACCUGAGGAAGGGGAAACUAGUUCUAUCGAUAUAAGUCCCACUACCAUUCUUUCACCAAACAUCGGUACAGCAGCUACUAUUAUUACUGCAACUACUGUUGUUACAACUACUACUACUGUUACGGAAGCACCUACUAUCACGACAAGUAUUAUUGUUAUAUCUACUUCUACUGUUACUGAAACUCCUACUAUUAUUGCAACUACUACUGUUACAGCAACCCCUACUAUUACAGCAGCUACAAUCAUUACAGCAACUCCUAUUGUUACUUCUAUUUAUAAUGCUAUGGCAACCACUACAAUUGCUGAAAAUCUUACUAUUAAUAGCGAAAUUGUAUCUCAGGUGGUGGCCACCAUUGUUAUUACAGGGACUGAGCCGAUCACUAGAAAUCCAGAAGUCUUAACCAUUACUGAAGAAGGCCCUUCGGGAAUUACUUCUGAAAUUACCAUUUUUGUUCCAUUAGAAGGUUCUGAAGCUGAUACAGAAGGUACAUCACUUACAGUACAAAACGCAUCACCAGUUUCACAUUUUUCUUCUGAGACAAGUUUGUUAUCUGACUUUGCCUUAAAUACUGCUACAGUUUCUGCCUUAGGUGAACUUGAGACUAUUAGUGCUACAAUCACUGCUUUAGGUAAAACUGAAACUAUUAUAUCUACAGUGCGCGGUUUAGGUGGAACUGAAACUGUUACCAUCACUAUUUCUGCUUCGAUUGAAACUGAAACUGUUACUGCAACAAUUUCUGUUUCAGAUGAGACUGAAAAUGUGACUACUACAAUUUAUGCUUCAAGUGAAAAUGAAAGUGAAAAUGAAUCUGUUAGUUUUAUCCAAGGUGAUGCUACUAGAGCGAAAUAUUCGGCUACGUUGUUGUUGGUCUUAAUAUUAUCUCACUUAUUUUAAUUUAAUUAUUGUUUAGUUUUUCUGGUCAUAAUCGUGCCUCUUCUUGUAUAUACAUUCGGUCUUCUUUUUCAUUGCUUGAUUCUUGUAGGACGACUUUCACUUGUAUAUUUAUUUGUUAAUUUCAUCUUUCUACGUUGUUUCCUAGACGAUAUAUACCUUAUAAUUACUUAGGAAAUACUUUCAGAGUUCUAGUGUAGUAACUGUUUAUGCGCGCAAAUUUGAAUGCGAAAUCGUUGGAGUUGCAAAUUUAUGUUAUGUUCAAAAAUGGAAGUGCACAAAGAUGCAAAUCUAGAAGUUUAAAUUGCA